AUGAAUAAAAUGAAUAAUAUUUUUUUAAUAAUAUCAAGUAUUAUUUUAUCUAUUGUUAUUUUCGUCAGUGGUGAAUGUGCCAUUGAUUUCUCAUCAGAGAUUUCAGUUGGAAUUUCAGAUUCUCAAUGGUCAUGUUUAGCUAGUAAUAAUCAAAGAGUUAUAAUUCAAGUGUGGUCAGGAGGUGGUCAAUAUAAUUCAAAUAUUUCAUCUGUUGUAUCGGCAGCAGAACAAGCUGGUUUCGAUAAUAUUGAUCUUUAUGCAUUUUUAUGUAGUGAAUGUGAUGGUAAUUAUCCAGCAUCAAGUGCAAUUCAAAGUUUAGUUUCUAGUUUAAAAUCCGAUGGUAUCAAUUUCAAUAUGUUAUGGAUUGAUGUUGAACAAUGUGAUGGUUGUUGGGGAGCAGAGAGUGAUAAUGCCGAUUAUGUUCAAGAAGCUGUUGAAACUGCACAAGGUCUUGGUGUUCUAGUAGGUGUAUACAGUAGUGAAGGAGAAUGGCCACAAACUGUUGGUAAUUUAUCAACUCUAAGUCAAUAUCCACUUUGGUAUGCUCAUUAUGAUGAUAAUCCAUCUUUUUCCGAUACCGCUUUUUAUGAAUUUGGUGGUUGGACUUCACCAGCAAUGAAACAAUAUAUUGGCAAUACAAAUCAAUGUGGUGUUAGUGUUGAUUUAGAUUUUUAUGGAUCUGGUAGUGGUUGUUCAACAUCCUCUGGUAGUGCAUCUGGUAGUGCUUCUGGUAGUGCAUCUGGUAGUGCAUCUGGUAGUAAUAGUGGAAGCAGUAAUAGUGGAAGUAGUAAUAGUGGAAGUAGUAAUAGUGGAAGUAAUAGUGGAAGUAGUAAUAGUGGAAGUGGUAAUAGUGGAAGUAGUAAUAGUGGAAGUGCAAGUGGAAGUGGUACAGGAAGUGGAUCAUCCAUUUAA